UGCGUAUUUAAGCAGACAUUAUACAACACUCUAUGAUGGCUGUUUCUAUAAAAAUAACAUGAAAAAAAAAGGGUAUUAUUCUAUUUCAAAACAAUAGAGGCAUCAUCGAGAAAUAAAUUCUCUCUCUCUCUCUUUUUUUUUAUUUCUUUCUUUUCUUUGUUAAUCAAAAUGUCUAUUGAACCAGAAAUACCUUAUACCUUUAACGACGAUGAAGCUUCUGAUAAUGAUGAUGACUGGAGAGAUACCACUGUUCGUAUACCUUCACAAUCACAAUCGCGACAACAAACACCCACUAUCGACAUGAGCCUUCAACAUGCUCGAGCAGACACACCCGUCUCAAGUGGUUCAGUUCGUAGUUUUACAGACACGACUGUCGUACCAGAAACUGUCCAUCGAAACGCUGAUGAUUACUGGGUCUUGCCUGCCCAUUUUAACCCAAUGGAUAUCCUGGGUGAAUACCUCGACACGAUUGCUGCUCGUGCUAACGAAAACGACACACGCUCCCUUCGCAAAACGAAGAAAUGGAGUAAGCCUGAGCGCGAAUUGACAGAGAGAGAGAAAAGACGUGCUGAACGAAAGCAAGCCAAGAUGGACGAAGAGAAAAGAUACCAAGGAUUACCUGCUGUACCUCAAAACUUCCAUGCUGUGUUUCCUUUGCCUGAUAAACGCUUGCCUUUAGUGCGCUUUAUGGGUGAUCGAGGUGAAGAAUACUUCAAUUCGAUUCGGGCUGAAUGCAAAGCGUUCCUUUGGUACGAAGAAGUAGGCAAUUUGAUCCGAAUCAAUGCAGAUACAGAGGAAUCUGUCAGGGAAGCAGGCAAGCGUGUUCGUAACUGGUAUUUGCGUUGUUGUCGUAAGCCUAUUGGAAGUACAUUGCGAUUAUUGCAACAACCUUCCAAGCAAUGGCUCUUGAGAUACCGUCGAUUACCGAGUACAUUUGUCACUUACACUUAUGCAGACCCUGAACGAGAGAAAAUGAUGUUAGAAAAGCACCGAUUAUUGGAAACAGUGGCUCAUGGUACACCAAUGUCUCUCAUCAGUCUGAGUGAUGAACGACCUCAGGAAUUGUCUGAACAAGGACGAAAAUUAAAUGCACGCAAUGAAACCUUUAUUGAACAGAGUUUGGCAGAUGGUAUCGAAAGUUUACGUUUAAAUGACUGGAUGGUCCGUAUGAAGAUUCGAUAUGGUAGUAUCUGUUUGAUGAAUUACCCCAAGAAGGAUGAUAAAUACCUAUCAAUUGAAAAAGUCAGCGACAAGAUAUUCCGUAAGCCCAUGUUCAAGUCUGCUUUAGCACCCUGUAUGAGCAAAACAAGGGAUCAUCUUCAACACUUGUUUGACUAUCUUUCCAACGGUACGGAUGCUGUUGAAUACUCUGAGAACCCACGCACUUCGUUUGUGGUUCAUGCAAAGCAGUACCCAGCAGCAGCUCCACCCCGUGUGUCUGGUCAGCGUGAAGCUUCGCGUGGUGAUAUGUGGGAUACUGUCAUGCAAGUCUCUUUUACUGAAACAGGCUCUCGACUUCUUUGGAACACUAUGACAGACUGUACAGAUUUAGUCGAUAUCAACUGUACCAACAUUGAAGGACGUUACUCUUGGGAUCUCAAGCUACAACAUGCCCGUCAAUUACCCAACAAUGACUUCGAUACACCUCAUUCUAAAUUCUGGCAAGCCCUGCGCAUUUCACCUGAUAAACGAUUGAUCAUGGCUACUUUUAGUGAUUAUGUCCCUCAUUUGGUGACUCAAAAGACAAAAUGGCUCUACAACUGGAAAGGAUAUGUGGUUGAAGUCUGUAAAGAUGAGAUAUGGGACAUGACUCGUAUCAAAAGAAAAGAUCAUGAACUUCCUGUAGAUCUUACUGCUUUUGAACCACACCGUUCUUUGUAUAAAGUCUCGCUCUACAAAGAAGCUUGGGUUGAUCGAUUUGCUGAAAACUUGACUUUAAAGAUUGGAGAGGCUCCUAGUUGGACAUUACGUGAUUUCCUUGGCUCCGAAGAAGAAAAUGUUCGUGCGAUCAUGAAGGCUGCAAAGGAAUUUGGUGAAAUUCUGCAUGAUAAAGUGCCUCUUUACUGGGAUAGCACUAGCAACUCGUUGGUUUAAAUAAAAAAUUCACUGUUCAAAUACCUAAAUCUUAAACUUGUUAAAAAACAUUGUUUCUAUUGUUAUUGUUGUGAUGUUGUAAGAGAAAAGAUAAAAAACAAAGAAGUCGAUUAGAACUUGUAUAGGUUUAUUCUUGUGAUGUUUUGAUAAUAGAGAGUUAUAUGAUAAGUUAAUGUAUAGACAAAGGUAGAUACUUUGAG